AUGUUUCGGCGAUCACCAGUGCAUGCAAAUGAUGCUAUAAAAUCUGUUAUUGAAAAGCCAAGCGCAAAACCAAACGAGCUGAGGGCAGACAGCGCCAAAGACUUUCUCUUAGAGGCCUCAUUUGACUGGAGUGAUCCUUGCACCUUGGCAUACAAUAGUGGGCUUGCGGGCUCUUGCCGGCAGGAGAAAUGGGCAUAUCAGCGACAACUAUUCGCUGAGCUGGAGACUCCUAGCAAAACCACCUUUGGCUUUGAUGAGGAAGAUAUGAUACUAAUGAGAGAGUCCCAGGCUUUGGACAGGGUGGCAGGAGGAGGUGUGAACCUUGCUAAACAUGUUUUGGCGCUGAAGGACGACGGAGCGGCCGUGGAGGAUUUGAUCCCAUGGUGUAGCAGAGCUCAAGCAGCUGCCUUCGAGAUGCCCAAGGAGAUUGCUUUGCAGCUGGCCGUGGCUUUUGCCGAAGUCGAUGGUGAGCUGGAGCUGCACGAGCUGAAGGAGUUGCAGGCCACAGCAAUGUCAUUGAUCUCGUCAGCUGCAGCACGGGCUCGAGACUCCGACAGUUGUGAAUUCCCAUUGCUGGGACUUGAGACUCUUGCUCAGACCGGAUUGGGAUGGACAGCCUUCUCGAACAUGUUCUUAGCCACGCUUCAUGCACAGCUUCAGCGUGAAGCAAACAGAUCCAGAGUUCUCACCAAAGCAUUGGCCCAUCGUGUUGCUUCAGUCUUCAUUUGGGCUGCCAGUCAUGCUGACUUGCGAGUUGAUUUGUCACCUGCAGGAAGAAGGGUGGCACAAGCGGUGUGUGAUGCACUUCUCGAGGAAUGUGACGCAAACACACUGAACUUGCUCAAAGGCCUCACAAUUCGAGGUGCUUGA